AUGGCUCCAGGGAGUGUCAUUAGCGUCUCCUCCUCCUCCUCCUCCUCUUCUCCCUCUAGGGACAUACCACCUCCUGGGUCAUCUGAGUUCCCUGGGGCUGACAAGCCAGGUCCAAUUCUCAGCAGAGUCCGAGUAGGCCAACGGAACCCACCGAUGCUCCGCAUGGUGCUGGAGGCCCUGAAGGCCAAAGAGAAACACCAGGGCACGUCAGUUGUAGCCAUCAAAGUCUACAUCCGACAUAAGUACCCGACAGUGGAUGCCGCCCGCUUCAAGUACCUGUUGAAACAGGCCCUGGAAACUGGCGUGCGUCGAGGCCUCCUUACCAGGCCUGCCAACUCCAAGGCCAAGGGUGCCACUGGCAGCUUCAAACUGGUUCCCAAGGACAAGAUAAAGGGAGCCUGUGCCCCGAAAGCUCGCAGGGGAGCCACAGAUGCCAAGGAGACAGGUCCCAAGAAACCUGGGGAGCUGAAGAAAGACCAGGUCAGCAAGGCCAAGAUGGAGAAAGCAGUCCCAAAACCAGGACAGAAGAGGAAGGCUUGUCCCUGCACAGCACCCACCUUGGAGAAGGCACCUAAGAAAGCCAGUAAGGCAAAACGGAGAGAGAAUAGAACGGGCACCCUAAAGCCAGACAAAGCCACAGGGGCCCCUCCCAUUGCUAACAUAGGUGAGAAGGUCAAACAUGGCAGGAGCAAGGUGCAGGCAGAGUCCCAUAGAAAAACCAAAGAGAUGUGUGAGAAAACAAAGCCUUCAGCCAGCAAGGCAAAGAAUAGUGUUGCUUCGCUCACCAAAACGAAGAUGGCAGCCACAGCCCAUACCGAGACAGUUGUUGAGGGGCCUAGGAUGGUAUACAAGACCAACAUGCCCAUUCCUUUCCAGGACUUGGGACCCAAAGCACAGCCCAUACAGAGGGUCAGAAAGACAAAGAAUCCCGAGAACCCCAAAAGGCCCGCGCUACCCCCCAAGACCUCAUCCAAGGCUCCUAGCAAAAUGGCCGAGGCUAGUAGCUAGGACUAUGGUUGAGGAGACGGCAACU